GUCGGUACGUGAGGUGUUGGUUCCCAUUGUUUGUGUUUAUUGUAUCGGAGCUGGAGGCCCAGAGCAGAGGGACAGAAGGAGGUGUGUGAGUGCAGGACGGGCUGAGUCUUUAUCUCUUAUACAUAUUUAUUCACCGUCUAGUUCGCUCAGCUGAAGCGGCCUGACUUCUGUUGAGAUGUUCAACCAGCAGCAGCAGCAGUUCCACCAGCUCAUGCAGCUUCAGCAUCUGUUACAGCAACAACAACAGCAUCCGGCGCAGCAUCAUCCCACUCCCAGGUCUAUACCAGCACCUGUACAGCACCAGCAGCCUCAGCAGAUGCUGAAUAUACGGGGAGCUGCACCAGCCAGGCUUAUAAAUACUCACCCUAUGUUUCAGAGAGCACUUCUCAUGCAGCACAUGCAAGGUAACCUGCGUGGUCUAAGCAUGGCAGCCCCCACCAUGUCUCCCUUCUUCACUGCAGCUGCAAGGCAGUCUAUCCUUGGCACCCCCCCAAUGGGUGUUACUGUCAAGGCUCCACGAGUGGGAUUUCCUGGUCUCCCCUUCCAGCAGCCCCAGCGCAUGUAUCUCAAGGAUCAUCAUAGAACCUAUGACCGUAAGAAAGAUGGUGAGCAAGGUGUGGCCUCUCACGUCAAAAAUGAAGAUGAAAAGCAGUCUGAGAAGGGAGAAAUAGAUCUUCCUCCAGCAGCUUCUGAAGCUGAUGAGGAGUCUGAAAAUCUAACAGAAUGCAGUGUUACCGACCCAAGCGAGCCUUCAGCCAAGCGAGCAAGGAGCAGCUCAGAGGAAGGUGCUGGGGAAUGCCAUUUUCGCGCAGGAGAGCUUUUGGAAGAUAGAGAAAGAGGUGGCGAGCGCAGUGUGGAGUCGCAGCCUCCUGAGGGCAUCAGCGGUGGGCGUGCUUUGAAAGUCACCAUUCAGCAGAGGAGCGAAAGUCGCACCAUUAGUACCACAGAUUUGGUGCCUUCGCAUACAGACAGAGAAUGCACUGGGCAGACUGGGCCAAGGUUCUGCUGCUACAUCUGCAAGUCCAACUUCCAAAGCUUGCAGGCCUUCCAAUCACAUCUGGUGACUGCCAGUCAUCACCAGCGUUUCCAGGCUAUCCAACAUCUGAGCAAUGCCUGCCUGGUCACUCUGAUGCCCACGGCCAAAGACCCUCAGAGCAGCACAGCAGGGACAGAUGGGAAGAAGCAGCAGCAGAGGUGGUGUAAUGCGUGCCAGGUUCACUUCAGCUCUGACCUCAUCACCCAUCUGCGCACACAGGAACACAAGCUGGCCAAGCGAUCCUUAAGGCCGUUUUGUACUGUCUGCAGCCGACACUUUAAAACCCCUCGCAAGUUUGUCGAACACAUGAAGUCCCCGGAACACAAGCAGAAAUCCCAGGAGCUCAGGAUGUGGGAAAAGGAGUCUUGGAGCCCGGAGGAGUCAGAAGAACUGAUCACAGUGGAUGCUGUGGGAUGUUUUGAGGAAGAGGAUGAAGAAGAUGAGGAUGAGGGGAUUAGUGGAGAUGAAGCUGUUGGGAAUGUGCAGUGCCCCCUUACUGAGAGAGAACCUAUGAAAGAAGACACGGAGGAGUACAACUCGGAGAAAGCAUACGGCUUGGACUUUAUGGUGCCCGUCACUGGCUAUCUCUGCAAGCUGUGUCACAAAUUCUACUCUAGUGACUCUGCUUCCCGGCUCACACACUGCAAGUCCCUGAUGCAUUUUCAGAACGUUCAGAGAUACAGCACUACAAAGAAUGCCAUGAAUGCAGCAGAGGCUUCUACUUCCUGUUCCCCAAAACCAGAGAGCCUGGAAGGGGUGGAAGCAGGGGCCUCCAUUGGCUCGGAGAACACAGAAUGGGCUGAGCAGAUGGCCACCAUCCCUGACUCUCUACAGGCAGAGAAUGGCCAGGGAGAAAGCGACAUGGCAAAUAAAGAAGGAGUGGCACUUGUUGCUGAGGAAAGUGGUGCAAAUAAAAGCGUCGGGGGCUUGCAGGAACCAGAGAACAUCCCUGCUCAGGGUGAAAAGGAGCUAAUAAAUAAUGAAGACUCUGGAGCGGUUGCAUUCCAGGAGGAGGCGGCUCCGUUUUCAAGCUGCCACCGCUUGUAUCAACAUAAACCCAGAUAGACUAACGUUAGGCAGGUUCCUACUGGGCACAGAGACCUUCCUUUAAUCUUAUAUCUCUUUUUAGGAUAAAAACCAUCGGAUUGCCAUGCGUCUGAUGAGCUGUAGUCUAAUGGAAUGCACUUUCUCCUCAGUUCUUUCUAGUCUUUAAACCAUUUCUUGGAAAUGCUUUAUUAAAAAUAUAUGAAACUCUAA